AUAGUAGAUGAUUUUAUUUUCCUCUCUUUUUUGGGUUUUGGUGUAUCCAUGGAUACCACCAUUGCCCAUCUUUGUUGCCCCAUCCACCCCUUCUUUUACCCUAAAAGCAUAACCCGCUUCCUACAUAAAGCUCAUUCCUUUCACCACUCUCUCACUCCAUUCUUCACUCUACACUUACAUACUCAAACACUGUCAUAUGGGUUUUCCAUCAAUUCACAAAACACCGCACAAAGUUGUCUUCUUUUAAUCCCACCCCUUUGAUGAGGUUCUGUUAUAGAAUCCUUUUUUGAGGUCUAUAUCAAUGGCUGAGAACAUAGACAGUGCCUCCUCUAACCUCUUUUGUUCUGAGAACAGUAGUACCUGCUUUGAUGAUGAUUUGGAAUGUAAUGGUGCAGAUGGUUCUGGAAUCUUCUCACCUUCCUGGGACCACACAAACCUUAACUCUGAACAUGAGGGUCUGUGUCUGGAUAACUGUGGAUCGGAGUCCCUAACGUGCUUUGGGUUACAGAGUGAGGAAACUGUGAGGGUUAUGGUUGAGAAGGAGAGGGAGCAUUUGCCAAAGGAUGAUUAUCUGAAGAGGCUGCGUACUGGGGAUUUGGACUUGAGUGUAAGGAGAGAGGCUCUUGAUUGGAUUUGGAAGGCUCAUGCUUAUUUCGGCUUUGGACCGUUGAGCUUUUGUCUAUCUGUGAACUACUUGGAUCGUUUCCUAUCGGUUUUUGAUUUACCGAGUGGUGUAAGUUGGACGGUACAAUUGUUAGCUGUAGCUUGCUUGUCCAUUGCAGCUAAAAUGGAGGAAAUUAAAGUUCCUCAAUCUGUAGAUCUACAGGUUGGAGAACCAAAAUUUGUGUUUGAAGCUAAAACCAUUCAAAAAAUGGAACUACUGGUAUUAAGCACAUUGAGAUGGAGAAUGCAAACUUUAACUCCUUGUUCCUUCAUAGACUACUUCCUUGGUAAGAUCACUUGUGAGGAGCAUCUGGUAAAGUCAUCCUUUUCAAGAUCAGUGCAGCUCAUCCUUAGCAUAAUCCGAGGUAUUGACUUCUUGGAGUUCAAGCCUUCAGAAAUUGCUGCGGCGGUGGCAAUUUCUGUUUUAAGGGAAUUGCAAUCAAAGGAGAUUGAUAAGGCCAUAGCUGAUUUCUUAAUAGUAGAGAAGGGGAGAGUUCUAAAGUGUGUUGAACUGAUAAAAGAUUUGUCCUUGAUCAAUGUUGCUGCUAAUUUGGGCAGUAAGACGGCGCCAUUUGUGCCCCAAAGCCCUGUUGGGGUGCUGGAUGCUGGAUGCUUGAGUUGUAAAAGUGAUGAAUUAACAGUUGGGUCAUGUCCAAAUUCUUCACAUAAUAGUCCAAACACCAAGAGGAGCAAACCAGAUGGACCUUCUAAUGGAACUUCCAAGUCAUGAAAUGUGAAUUUUCUUCCUUCACCAAAGUUCAUUUAGUUUGGUUGAAUGGGAGUUUGGUGUGGUCUUGGAGACCCUUGGGAAACAUUCUCAAUGACAGCGUGUGCUUUGGAUGAAUAAGAUGUGAAUUUAAGUGGUCUAGUGCUAGAAGCAUGGACAUGGAUAGGAUGUGUUGCUAGUUGUUUAUAGUCAGAUUAUAGAAACAGCUGCAAAUACUACGGCGAUGCGGUUGGUGGAGAAAAUUUUGAUGAAACAAUGUUGUGGAGGCACAUGCACAGCAUGUCAAGUAUGAAUGUAAUAUUUGGA